CAGAUUGCCUGUUGGUCCAUUCUGUAAGACACAAGUUUUAUUCAUCAGAUCAAGCUUUUUGGAGCUGUGCAUAGAUGAUGGGAAGGACAGAUCAUGCAGAACCUUUGCUAAGUGUCAAUUAACUGGAAACAGAAGUACAUCUUCUACUUCAAGUGGCAAAAUGGCCAGUCUUGUUCUUAAUGAGACUGGGAUGGAGAACUGUGGCAUUGAUGACUCGUUUAAGUACAACCUUUAUGGUGUUGUGUACAGUGUUGCAUUUGUUCUGGGACUUGCCACAAACUGCGCUUCACUGUUUGUCUUCUGCUGCCGCAUGAAGAUGCGCAAUGAGACCACACUUUUCAUGACUAAUCUAGCUUUAUCAGACUUAGUGUUUGUUUUUACACUACCUUUUAAAAUUUUUUAUAAUGUGAAUCGCCAUUGGCCUUUUGGUGACACGUUGUGCAAGAUCUCUGGAGGUGCCUUCAUCACCAAUAUCUACGGUAGUAUGUUGUUCCUCACUUGCAUCAGUGUGGAUCGCUUCCUGGCUAUUGUUUACCCCUUCCGUUCACUCUCCAUCCGUACCCGCCGCAACGCUGGUAUUGUGUGCGCCACAAUCUGGUUGUUGAUACUGGGUGGAGGCAUGUCAGUCACCUUCUUCUCUUCCACCAACCAGUCUAAAACAAGUACAACCUGCUUCGAGGGAUUCUCCAAGAAAACAUGGAAGACAUAUUUGUCCAAGAUCACCAUCUUUAUUGAAGUGAUGGGUUUUCUUAUCCCACUGAUGAUCAACUUAGCAUGCUCCUCCAUGGUGUUAAGGACCUUGCGUCAACCAGCAACUCUUUGUCAGAUCGGCACUAACAAAGAACGUGUUCUGCGCAUGAUUGUAGUGCAUUUGGCUAUUUUUAUAGUCUGCUUUGUUCCUUACAAUACUGUUUUAUUUGUCUACGCUAUGGUGCGCACUCGUGCACUUGCCAGCUGCUGGGUAGAGAGGCUUGCAAGAACCCUAUAUCCCAUAACACUGUGCAUUGCAACCUUCAAUUGCUUCUUUGACCCGGUGGUCUACUACUUUACCUCUGAGUCCUUUCAGAAAUCACUGACUACCGGGAAGAGUCAGGUUAUGCAGGAAGAUGGACUGCCAAGUGAAUGCCCUUUGUCUAACAAGGAGAAGACAGAUGUAGUUGAUCUCUACACACUGACCAGCAAUGGAAAAGAUCAAGUCGGUGAGGCUCAGUUCUGA